AAGCGUCCAGCUAGUCCGGCCAUGGUCUGUCUACAAGAUGGCUGCAUUGGGGAAGCGUCCAAGGCACACGGUGUUUCAGUGAGAUGGAAAACUUUACAGGUAAGCCGGGCUGCAAAGUGCUGACGUAGGUAGAAAAAGUCAUUAAUUCGUUUUUUUUUCUGUUUACAGAACUCGAUUAUGGCGAUUCUCGAUAGGGCUCACACUGACAACUGUGAGGAGGAGACGGCCACAUCUACACUUCAGCUACCUGUACUUCGAUCAAUCCUUGGUGCUAGCGAGUCCUCCCAUGGUCUGUCUACGAGGUGGCGUCCUUGGGAAAGCGUUCAGCGAGUCCUGCCAUGGUCUCUCUACGAGGUGGCUGCAUUGGGAAGCGUUCAAGGCACAUGGUGUUUCAGUGAGAUGGAAAACGCUUACAGAACUCGAUUAUGGCGAUUUUUGAUAGAGCUCACACUGACAACUGCAAGGAGAAGAGGGCCACAUCUACACUUCAGCUACUUCGAUUAAUCCUUGGUGAGAGCGAGUCCUGUCAUGGUCUGUCUACGAGGUGGCGUCACUGGAGAAGCGACCAGCGAGUCCUGCCAUGGUCUGUCUACAAGAUGGCUGCAUUGGGGGAAGCGUCCAAGGCACACGGUGUUCCAGUGAUAUGGAAACGCUUACGGGUAAGCCUGGCUGCAAAGUGCUGACGUAGGUAGAAAAAGUCAUUAAUUCGUUUUUUUUUCUGUUUACAGAACUCGAUUAUGGCAAUUCUAGAUAGAGCUCAC